GUGGGAGAAGGAGAAAAAUUGGUGAGAGCUCUUUUUGCUGUGGCUCGAGAACUUCAACCUUCUAUAAUUUUUAUAGAUGAAGUUGAUAGUCUUUUGUGUGAAAGAAGAGAAGGGGAGCAUGAUGCUAGUAGACGUCUAAAAACUGAAUUUCUAAUAGAAUUUGACGGUGUACAAUCUGCUGGAGAUGACAGAGUACUUGUAAUGGGUGCAACUAACAGGCCCCAAGAGCUUGAUGAGGCCGUUCUCAGGCGUUUCAUUAAACGGGUAUAUGUGUCUUUACCAAAUGAGGAGACAAGACUACUUUUACUUAAAAAUCUGUUAUGUAAACAGGGAAGCCCAUUAACCCAAAAAGAACUUGCACAACUUGCCAGAAUGACUGAUGGAUAUUCAGGAAGUGAUCUAACAGCUCUGGCAAAAGAUGCAGCACUAGGCCCUAUCAGAGAACUGAAACCAGAGCAGGUGAAGAAUAUGUCUGCCAGUGAGAUGAGAAAUAUUCGAUUAUCUGACUUCACUGAAUCCUUAAAAAAGAUAAAGCGCAGUGUGAGUCCUCAGACCUUAGAAGCAUACAUACGUUGGAACAAGGACUUUGGAGAUACCACUGUUUAAAGAAAUGCUUUUAUAGGCCUGCAGAACAUUUACUGAAACAAACAUGCUCUUUGUGAAGUUACCAACUGCAGAAGCUCAGACCAAGUUUACAGGACUUCUAGAGUUUUCAAAUUUUGUGCAUAAAACUUGAACACAAACAAGAAGACAAAUAAAAUAUGCAAUGUGAUUGGAAUUUUUGUUGAAGGCCUCCUUGCCUUGAUGGUCAUGACUUUCUCAAUGGGCACUGUAACUUUGAAUGCAACAAGAACUGAUUCUGGUUUCAUUACUGAUAUAAUCAUUAUGUAAAUAAUAAUUUGUAUAUUGUGUUGUAGAUGAAAAUAUUCCAGAGACAGUGAGGUAGAAGACACAGAGAGUCUUUGUUGUUUGUCUUCUAAUGUUUUCUCUUAAAACAGCCAUUUUUCCUUUUUCCUUUCCUACUGUUGUCUUAACUGCUGGUGAUUGGAAUACCAAGCACUUUUAGUUAAUUUUUUUCUUUUCUUUUUCUAAGUCCAGUGUGCCAAAUGAAACUUUUUCCUAAGAGCAGUAGAGAAAGGCUAUAUUGGGGCUUUUUUUUUCCCUUCCCAAAUAUAAAAACAUUAAACAUUUAAUGUUCUUUUCACUUUUUGGUUUUCCAUUUUAUUACCAUGCUUCCAAACAAUUUAGAAAGCAAUAUAAUAGCAACAAAGAAAAUCUGGCGCAACAGGUGUAAAGGUUUGAGUCGCUCUGUUAUAUAAUGUGUAGAUCAGUCCUUCUGUGAUCUGCAGUAGUUUUUCUGUCGUGUCCAAAAUGUGUUAUAGACUGUUAAACUUAUCCCAGAUGGAAUUUAUUUUCUGUUGAGGAUAUUCUAAUAUUUUAGAGACGAUUUUAACUGCGAUAACUAGGGUUCCAGUGUUAGAGAAGGGAACUAUUGGGAGGUAAGACAUCUCUAAUGUAUUGCUUAUUACUUUCUUACUGUUUACAGGAUAAUUAAAAGCCAGUGCACUACUAUCUUUUACUAAUUAUCAUCCUUUCAAUGAAACCUAAAUUACUGAAUUUUUAUACAUGCAUUCAUUUUAUAGUUUUCUCGUGCUCACUUUUUAACUAAAAAGCUCUAGUAUGUUGAUCUUCCUUUUUUUGCCAUGAAGUGUACAGUAAUUCUCUUUGUUGUUUGUAUAAAUAUAUUUGAACUUUUACUAUAAAAAUGCAUUGUAGGAAGUAGAGGCUCAUAUUACGGCCUUUUAAGUAUUGUAUGAAGGCAAGUGGACAUUUGCCCUUUCUUUACUGGUUAAAAGUUUGUUUACAGAAUAUUUCUCUGGUGCUUAAAUGAUGCUAUGUAAAAUAUCAUGAGUAGGAAGAAUAAUUUUGUGGUGGUAACACAGAUUUUUCAUAUAGGAAAGAUGUUUGAGAGAACUCUCUAAGAUAAAACACUUGCCCCUCCUACAUUUUAUAAUGAAGACGACCUCAAUUUUAUUCUUGGUCUUGUUAAAGAUUUUUCAAAAUAUCGAAGAUGUAUCAUUUCUUAGACUUGUAUGCUGUUUUUAACCAUAGCUUAAAUCAUGUGUCUCCUAAUCAUGACUUUAGAACUCCCUGAAUAAUAAGUUUAGAUAAAUAAGAAACAAAUUUCAGCCACAGCUAUGCAUAUUUUCAUUCUGGGUAGUAUCUUUUUAGGCUCUCAAAUAUUAAAGCAGUGGUUAUAAAACACUAAUAAUGAGAGCUGGUAAUAAAGUAUACAUGAUGAAAUGAAUUGGAGCAACCCAAAUUAAAACCUCUAAAAUAAAAUUUCAUUUUGUUUUCAUUUAGAAAGAGACAGCAUUAUCCAUGUAACCAGCAAUCAUAUGAUUAUGGUUUUAACUUAAUGUUUUAAAUAUAAGAUCCUUUAAGAUCACAAUUAAAAUUAUAAUUCUCUUGGGAAGAGUUUUAUGAGGUAACAGAUUUCAAAUGUUAAAAGAUAAUAAAAGUCAAAUUGACAUAAAAGAUAGUCAAAAUUACUGAUACUGCAGAGUAUUCAUUGAUAUAGAAUUUUCUUUGCUCAUCAAAUAUGAAGGUCAGCUAGUGAUAAAGAACAUUUUCUGUAGUUUAGUAUGACCCAGUUUUAUUUAAAGCAUGUUUUUUGUUUCUUAAUACAGGGUCUUACAUAGUAUAAGCUGGCCUUGCCUCAAUAUGUAGCUGAGGAUUACCUUGAACUCCUGAUCUUCCUGCCUCCCCUUUCCAAGUGCUGAGAAUACAGGUAUGCACCACCACGCCAGAUGGUUUGGUCUUAAUUUGGUCUUUUUCAAUAGAGAUAGAAGUUCCUGAAGUUUCCCAAAUUAAUACUACACAUAGACUAUACCUUUUAGAUUUUUUGUUGGGUUCUGUUUAAUGUUUUAGAUGAUGUUUAAAUAUUAAAGAUUAGUGUGCUCUUCGUGUUAAUAGAGUUUUUGUAAGCUCAGUUAACUUACUGAUUUCUUAACAUUGAGCCAAAGGAAAGAAUCCGUACUGUCUUUCCAUAUCUACUAGGGUAAAAGCCUUUUCUGAGACAGUCUGCCCAUUGAGCUGCUUUUUGGUUUUCUAAAUUGCAAAUAUGUUUUGUGUUCAAGGAGGAAAAUCAGAGGAAAAACAGCUAGUAGAAUUUUAAGUUAAACAUAUACAGCAUUCUUUGUUCAUAAUGUAAUAUUAUUUAUAUGUUGUAUAAAAACUAAUUUUUUUGGUCAAAGGAACCAUUUGUGGUGUGUUUUUGGACUCCUGAGUCAAAGGAUUUUCUUUUAAACGUUUGUCUCAGUUUUAGUCUGUUCUUUUGUACUUCUACAGAAGAAAUAACUUAAAGGGUACAGCUGCAUAAAGUGGGUUUUUGUCCUCAUUUUAUUGUAAAUAAAUGAUAAACUUUG